AUGGCUAGAAAGAAGUCCGCUGCUAAAAAGGCCAGAGAGGCUGAAGCACUUCAAGCAGAAAAAACUCAAGCUUCGGAACAAAAAGAGAUUGUCGAGAAGAAGCCAAAAGUCACAGAGCCUGAAGUUGAUAGUGAUGAAGAUAACUCCUCUUCAUCUGAAGAAGAAGACGAAUAUGGAGAAUUGUUGACUGAGAACGUCGAGAGCUCCAUUCAGAACGUUUUGAGUGCAUUGAAGAGUGAUCCUAAGAAGCUUUUGGAUCCAGAGGCCAAAUUCUUCCACGAGAACGACACUGCGGUCUCGAAGAAGUCCAAAGACAAACCCUUGUACUUGAAGGACUACCACCGUCAGACUUUGUUGCUGGGCGACUACAAGAAUGAUGAUGAGGAAAAUGAAUUUGGAACUGUCGACGGUGAGAAGCCUUUUGUUAUUACUGAAAGGGAAGAGAGAAACCAGCUUCUUGACGAUAUCAAGAAUGCAUUCGACGGAGAAGAGGAGAAUGACGACGAGGACGAUGGUUUCAUGAAGAAGAAGGAGAAGCUGGAUACCGCUAAAGAUAUUGUUUCUCUGCUACCUGACCCUAGCAAAAGUGCUCAGGAAUUCUUGAGUGCUUUCCUCGAUAGAAAGGCAUGGGUGCCCACUGAGAAUGACAAGGUCAUUGACUUGGACAAGAUCGACAACGAGGACGAACAAGACUUUGACGAUGCUGUUGACGAGUUGGAGAGAGCUUACAACUUCCGUUAUGAGGAUCCAAACUCGGCAGAAAUUGUCUCGUAUGCUCGUAACCAGGCCACUGUGAGAAGAGCCAAGACGAAUGCAAGAAAGAAGGAAAGAGAGAGAAAGCAUGCUGAGAAGGAGAAGCAGAAUGCUGAAGUUGAGAAAGCCUUGCAGAAGAAGAAGACAGAGAAGUUGAACAAGGUUGUUGACAGACUUAAUAAGAUCAAGGAGGCUGUUGGUGAGGACAUCAGCAACGACGUCAUCGAGAAGGUCUUUGGUGACUCGUUAUUGAAUGAUGAUUUUGACGAUACGGACUGGGAUGACAAAAUGGCCCAGGUUUUCGAUGCCCAGUAUUAUGACGCUGAGAUCGCAAAGCCUGAGUGGGAUGAGGACGACGAGAUCAUGGCAGAAUUCCAUGCCUCCAAAUCUGCUGAAGGUGAUGAAGAGGAUGGUGAGGCCGAAGGCGAGGAAGCUGAAGUGGAGAAGCCUAGCAAAAAACUGAAGAAGGAGAAAUUGAAAGAGAAAAAGGAAGCCAAGAAGCUGAAGCAUAAUAUCAGAGAGGAGGCUGAAAAGAUCGUCGAAGCCAACAAGCUUAGAAUCAGGGAUGAAGUUGAGGAAGAAAGAGGACGUUCCAAGGAAAACGAAGCUAACAAGUUCAGAUAUAGAGAGGUAUCCCCUGAGGCUUUUGGUCUUUCAACGAGAGAAAUUCUUUUAGCAGACGACCUGGCUUUGAACCAGUUUGUCAGUAUCAAGAAGUUUGCGCCUUACAGGCCGAAGGAGCUCGCUUUGAAAGACAAGAGAAAGUUUGCAAAAAAGAAGCAUCUACAACAAUGGAGAAGAGAUGUUUUCAAGAACAAGGAAGGACCUGCCAGGCAGCCUGGUGAGGAGGAAGGUGAAAUCUGGAUUCCUAAUGAAGCCGAGGAGGAGCAAAGACCUCGCAAGAAGAGCAAGAAGUCAAGGAAGUGA